CGUUCGAUACUUCAAUAAAUUUGAAGUGUUUCCAAUCAGAAUUAAAAGCCAGGAAAAUCAGUACAUCCUCAAACGUAAAAGAAAUUUCAACCUCAGGGAUAAAAAUACGUUUUGUUAUUAUUAGUAAACCUGUGAAGCUUGCCUGACAGAUAACCAUAAAUUUUCCUGUGAUAACAGAAAUUCCUUCAGAGACUAAUGACAAAUUUUCCAUGGAAGGUACAAAUAGUCAAACAAAAUGUGCAGGGGACAGAUAGAGCAAUACCUAUUAAAUUAAGCAGCACCAGUUUAAAAUGUGAUCAACCGCUAUUUAUUAGCUAUUGAAAUAUGGGUUACUUUGUUGGCGUUCUAUAUUUUUACCUGUGGUACACCAGCAUAUUGGCAGGUUAUAUAUGCCUGUAUUGCCCAAUUUUACCUGUUGUUCUGGUAUCUAACAAAUUUUACAGAUAUCUAACGGAUGUCAUUCUCACAUUCUGGCAACAAUACCCAACCGUCCUAUCUAAGGUAUUAUGCAAAACGAAAGUUGAAGUCACUGGGGAUGCCAUAAGGUCCAACGAAAUGUCAAUUCUGGUUAUGAACCAUAGAACCAGAACCGACUGGAAUGUGUUGUGGCCUUCUUUGUACCAUUCCGUUAAGGGUGCAGGUUCAUACAAGUAUUCAACAAAAUUCCUGUUGAAAGAUGCUAUAAGGCAUGUCCCAGGUGGAGGUUGGGUGAUGCAACUGUCUUUCUGGAUAUUCAUCAAAAGAUUUUGGGAUACAGAUAGAGACACGUUGAAAAAACUCUGCGACUAUAUAGAGGCAUUGUCAUACAAGUUCAGCUUGGUAGUUUUUCCUGAAGGUACAGAUUUUACUGAAGAAACAAAAGAAAAAAGUGAUAGUUUUGCCUUGAAGAAUAACCUCCAGAAAUACGAUUAUGUGCUGCAUCCAAGAACUACCGGCUUCUCCUAUUUGUCUAGUCAAUUGCUCAAACAGAACUGUUUAGAUGCCGUUUAUGACCUGACUUUGGUUUACCCGGAUGUUGUUCCGCAAACUGAACAACAUUUAGUGCAAGGAAAAUUUCCAAAAGAAGUAAAACUGCACAUUACAAGAUAUCCAUCAUCAGUUCUACCAAAAUCAGAAGAUGACCUCAAACAUUUCUUGGAGACCAUAUGGAAAGAAAAGGAGGACAGGUUGAAAGAAUUCCACACCACCAAUAAUUUCAUACCUGGGCCAACUUUGAAGAGAAGCAAUUUGGAUCUGUUCCCAGCCCUCAUAUUCUGGACACUUCUUCCAUAUAUCACAAUAUAUGUUCUUUACUAUUAUCAAGAAUUCAGAAAAAUCUGCUUUCUACAUACAGUGUUCUUACUUUGUGUCGAUCUUUUAACUCCUGGUUUUCAGUGGUUCGAAAUGCAACUAUAUAAAUUGAAGAAAGAGUAUUUCGGACCAAAGUUUACCUUUUAGAACAUUUACAAUCACAAAACUAUAUGCCAAAAAUCAAAAUUCAAAUUGAAUUGUCUAUAAAUGGAGAUAACAUAUAUUUUAAGACUCUUUGAUGGUUCUAUAUUAAUAAAUGUGGAGGUAUUUUAGAAAAAUAUAUGUUUUAGAAAACAAUGUAUCAAUAAAUGUUCUUAAUAAAGUA